AUGGCCAGCAAAUCUGCAAGAGAAUCUGUAGGAAAUGUCGAAGUAUAUAGAAAACCCAGUAUAUCAUUUGCCAUAGGGGAAAAGAUCGGUUCAGGGGCAUUUGGUGAAGUAUUCAAAGCUUCAGAAAAUGAGAAAUUUAGAAAAGGUGGAAGAACACUUGCGGUAAAAUACAUAAAAUGUCGUGCAAACAAAGAUUUAAACGACGUAAUUGGUGAGAUAUCAGCUUUAGUGAUUUUGAAGCACGAGCAUAUUGUUAAACUAUUUGACUUUGGUGUAAGUCAAUACUGGCAAAUGGAAGUUGAGUUCUCACUUAUAAUGGAAUAUUGCUCACUUGGUAAUCUUGCACAACACCUGGACGAACAAAGUCCACUAAACCGAAAACUUUGUUGGAUACGUAACCUUAUAUCUGCGGUGGUCUACUUGCACAGAGAAGGGAUUGUACAUCAGGACCUGAAACCAGACAAUAUAUUGGUAACGAAGAACGAUGUGUUGAAAGUGGGUGAUUUUGGUCUCGCGCGACGUUUUGCACAUCGUCGUGAAGAUCAAUCCUGGAAAAAUUACUACCUUUCAGAAGGUUGUGGUCAGCGCUUUUAUGUCGCUCCUGAAAUGCUCAAGGAUCAUCAUACAAAUAAAGUGGACAUAUUCUCGUUAGGGAUUAUCUUUCAUGCAAUUAUCGAAAGAAAAUUGAUCAAAUUACAAGAUCAAAAAUACUAUGGUGUUUUUGUAGGAAAAGACAAACCACUUGGGAUCGAAAUGUAUGAUAAACAGGAUAAUGUAAGGAUUCCAUUCGAAGGCAGGAGGCGAAAACUGAUCGAGAAAAUGCUUCUUUACGAUGCAAAGAAAAGACCCACAGCUGAAGAAGUUCAAAAUAUCAUCGAAUCAAGAUGGCAGAGAUGGAGACAGCUGAUAUUUUAA